UAAGGAGUCGAACUAUGUUGAAAUUGAAGUAGAGAUAUAUUAUCUAUUAAAAAUGACAUCAUUUUAGGACAAAGUAAGGGUGAGCAGCAGAUGCAUAAACUUCUAUUUCUCCCCUAAAUAACCUUUUUUCACUUUCCUCCACAACUAAAAUUUACAUCUCAACCAAAACCAUUCCCCCUUAAAUAAAAAUUGACUUGACAUAAAAUUUACUGCACCAGAAAGAAACAGACGAUUGUGUACAAAGAUUUGUACAAUUCUCCUUCAUGCACACUGCAAAGUUGCCAUUUAUCUAUCUAAACUUUAUAUCUUUUGAUAUAUAUAAUAAAUAUAUCGUUUAUAGGCUCCAAGUGAAACUUGUUCCCCAUGCAAAGCCCCUACUCACCAUCUCACAUGUUACGUGUCACCAUUUUGCCAAUCCCACCUCCAUUUAUAAACACCAUCCAAUAUGUCUUUCUUCCUUCAACUUUUAUUUUCCGUUUUUCCUUUCACUUAAGCAAAAUGGCUGACCGUCCACAACCACACCAGCUCCAAGUCCACCCUCAACGCCGCUACGACGACGUCGGAGCUAAGGGGCGAGGAGGCCCUUCAGCCUCCACAAUCCUCGCCGUCGUAACCCUUGUUCCUCUCGGUGGCUCGCUACUUGGACUCGCCGGUUUGACUCUAGCAGCCACGCUAUUUGGCUUGGCCGUGUCUACCCCUGUAUUCAUCAUCUUCAGCCCCAUUCUAGUGCCAGCAAUCUUAACCAUUGGUCUGGCUGUCCUUGCCUUUUUGACCUCUGGGGCAUUUGGGCUGACAGCUCUCUCUUCGCUCACAUGGGCUUUCAACUACCUACGUCGAGCGACCGGGUUUAUGCCUGAUCAGAUUGAUCAAGCAAAGAGGCGCAUGCAGGAUAUGGCUGGUUAUGUGGGGCAGAAGACAAAGGACCUGGGGCAGGAGAUUCAAAGCAGGACCCAAGAACAAGGGAGGAGGACGUGAAUGGAAGAAGUUGAAGGGAAAUGGCUGAGUUAUGUUCGAGUCCCGUAGCAAUGUCAAUGUCGGAAUUGUAGGUGUUGAGUGUUUUCUUUUGAGUAAUCCUAGGAUAGUUCACUUUUGAGCUACUUCUAGAAUGCUGGCUUUGGUUUGCAUUUCUACUAUUUCAGUGUAUUACUGCUUGCUUCUAUCACUUUGUUAUUACUUAUUAGACAUGCAUUGGUCGUUAAA